UUUAGGUUAGGUGUGACUGAUAUUGACAAUAUUCUGAAGUUAAUACAUUGAUCUGUCGGCUCAGAGCAUCAACAGCAGCUAAAGCUGGCGUUAGCACGCGGCUAACGUUAGCCUAACGUUACACUGGCUGAUUUAAUCAGCUUUUUCGGGUUUCAAAGUGAUACAUCAUUUUGUGUGCAUUUGUUUCGAAGCCUCUUCGCUUAGGAGUCUGAGGAUGUCGGGACAGAAGCGUCCUGCUGACCCCAGCGGUUCCUCGUCCUCCGGUGCGCCCCCAGAGAAGAGGAGGGAGAGGGAAGGAGAGGACGGAGGUCCCGGUGUCAGCGCGGCUGCCACCGCGGUGGAGACAGUCAUCAAACUGGGAGGAGUGUCCAACUCAGAAGAACAAGACAUCAAAGCUCUCCAGACUAAGAACCGAAAGCUGGGUGAAUCACUCGAUCAAAGACAGGUGAUUGAGGAUGAAUUGCGAGAGCGAAUUGAGAGACUGGAGACCCGCCAGGCCACUGAUGAUGCCAGUCUGCUGAUCCUUAAUAGAUACUGGAACCAGUUUGAUGAACACAUUCAACUGAUCAUCAGGCGUUACGAGCAAGCAAACAGCGAACCUGAGAAAUCUCUGACAGGUGAGGGACGGAGCCUGAAGCCGGACACUCCAGAGCCUGAUGGCGACUCCAACCAGGAGAGGGCCAAAGACAGAGGCCACCAGGGAGAAGCGGCCAACUCCUUCCUGGCCACGCUGGCGAGCAGCAGCAGUGAAGAGAUGGAGGCUGAGCUUCAGGAGAGGGUUGAGUCCAGCCAGAAGCAGGCCACUCGUGUGGUGGAGAUCUACGAGUGUCUGAAGAGCACUGUGGACCAACUGCAGGCAGAGCUGGACUCUGGAGCUGAUGGCACUCUGUGGCAGGCAGCUUCCAAACUGAACUCUCUCCUGACUAGUGAAAACGAGCGGCUGCAACAGCUGACGGAGGACCUCAAGCAGAAGCACAGUCACAUGACGAGCGAGUCCCGGCCUCUGGGUCGUGCAGCUAACAAAGCAGACCAGCGUGUCAGUGAGCUGCAGGUUCUGAUCGAGGAGCUCCAGUGGGACAUGGAGAAGAUCCGCCGCCGAGAGAACAGACUGAAUGCACACCUGACCGACAUCCUGGAGAGGGUGAACAGCAAAGGCUAUAAGGUGUGUGGGGAGGCCAGCAGCGUCUGUGGGACCAUCACCAUUAACAAGAGAAAGUUUGAAGAGAUGAACAGUGAGAUGGAGGAGAGCAGGGAGCUGGCCGACAACCGCCUCAUUGAGCUACAGAAGCUCCAGCAGGACCUGCAGACUGUGCAGCAGGAGAACAACAACAUGGAGGCAGAGCUGCUGAGUCGAGCAGAGGGCAUGGUGAAAGAAACUUCUGAGUAUCGCUGUCUGCAGUCACAGUUUUCUGUUCUCUACAACGAGUCUCUGAUCCUCAAGGCUCAAUUAGAUGAGACACGCGCUCGACUCAACACUACCAGGACGGCUAGGCUUCGACAGCUGGAGCACAUGGAGAAUGACGAGGUGGCUCUGCAGAGGAAGGUUCGUACAGAGGUGUUUCAGCUGGAGGACACACUGGCUCAGGUCAGGAAGGAGUACGAGAUGUUGCGCAUCGAAUUUGAACAGACUCUUGCUGCCAACGAGCAAGCAGGUCCCAUCAACAGAAUGCGUCACUUGAUUAGCACACUGCAAAACCACAACCAGCAAAUGAAGGGAGAGGUGGUGAAAUACAAGAUCAGACUAAGAGAGACACAAGCUGAGCUCAACCAGGUCCGCGCUUCAAAGGGCAACGCCAUCCUCCAAUCCCAGUCAAGCACCGAGAUGGACAUGAAGGAUGAGACGACUUCUCCUUUGACCCCAGCCAUCUCUGGGGAACCUGUUAUCAAGACAGAGCCAGACAACGGCUCCUCCACGCCCAGCAGCACCGGAGCCUCUGUGAAAACAGAGCUUGGAGUAGAACCCGAGGCAACAGUGAAGGAGGAGGAGAAAGAGGAGAAGAAAGAGAAGGAGGAAAAGAAAGAAAAGGACAUUAUAAAGAAAGAGGAGAAAGACCGAGAGCGGGAGAAGGAAAAGGAGCGAGAGAGGCCGACGCGCAGCGGUAGCAGCAUCAGUGUGAUAAAGGAAGAGAAGGAGAAGCCAGGGAGCAGCAGCCAGCCGGAGGAGUCAGCCGGCGAGCGCCUAUCUGUGGUCGGAGGGUCAAAGAGGAAAGAGAUGGAGCAGCUGAAGAUCGUACGAGCAGAACUCAAGAAAGCCCAGGAGUCUCAGAGGGAGAUGAAGCUGUUACUGGACAUGUACCGGUCAGCACCAAAGGAGCAGAGGGACAAAGUCCAGCUCAUGGCAGCAGAGAAGAAGUCAAAGUCAGAGGGGGAGGAGCUGCGGCAGAGGCUGAGGGAGCUGGAGGAGAGAGAGAGGAGGGAGGGCAAGAAAAUGGCAGACGAAGAGGCUCUGAGGAAGAUCCGCUCCGUGGAAGAGCAGAUCGAUAUCCUCAACAAGAAGCUCUCUAUAGCAAAACAGGAGGAGGACGCUCUGCUGAGCGAGAUGGACGUGACGGGCCAGGCCUUCGAGGACAUGCAGGAACAGAACAUCCGUCUGAUGCAGCAGCUCAGAGAAAAAGACGAUGCCAACUUCAAGCUGAUGAGCGAGCGGAUCAAGUCCAACCAGAUUCACAAACUGCUAAAAGAGGAGAAGGAGGAGCUCGCCGACCAACUGCUCACUUUAAAAACUCAGGUCGAUGCCCAGCUGCAGGUGGUGAGGAAGCUUGAAGAAAAAGAGCGCCUCCUGCAGGGCACAAUAAGCACUGCUGAGAGAGAGUUGGCACUUCGAACACAAGCUCUGGACAUGAACAAACGCAAGGCUCAGGACUCUGCGUCGCUGUCGGAGGAGGUGCGAACUCAGCUGGAGCAGGUUCAACAGAGGCUCAACCUGGUCAGAGAGGAAGUCGUAGAGAACAGCAUCUCCAGGGAGAAAGAGUCCUUUAACGCCCGACGAGCACAGGAGGACAUCUCUAAACUUAGGAGAAAGAUUGAGAAGGCCAAGAAACCAGCUGAGAAAAUCAGCAACGGAGAUGACAUCCUAAACGAAGAAAUCAAUGACUAUAAGGCACGUUUAACGUGUCCGUGCUGCAACUCUCGGGUGAAGGAUGCGGUACUGACAAAGUGCUUUCAUGUCUUCUGCUUUGAGUGCGUUAAAACGCGCUAUGACACUCGCCAGAGGAAGUGCCCCAAGUGCAACGCCGCCUUCGGAGCCAACGACUUCCACCGCAUCUACAUCGGCUAAAGCUGCGUUUCCACAUGGAUACUUGGGACGAAAGGGGGUCAACGAGAUAAGCAGUAGUGAAAACACUGCUGGAGGGCAAGACUCACCACUGCACUUACAUACCCCCUCCCUCUGGAUGGACGAUUCCAGCCUCGUAGGGCCGCAGUGAUGCUCUGAACUGAAUGCUUUUUUUUUUUUGAUUGUUUUUUUUCUUUUCUUAAGAAUGACCGAAUUCAGCGUCUCCCAUCCAGUAUCCACUACUGUAAAGUGUGUGUGUGGGGGGGGGGGUGUUCAUUCGUUGGAAAACAAACCAAUAUAAAGAUUAGCACAUGGAGGAAACAAAGUUCCUUCCACUGUAGUGGAUAUUUGUAUACUGUUGCUGAGUGUGUACAUACUGUAUGUCAUUAUAGUUUCUUUUUUUAUUAUUUGAAAACUGCCUCUUGCUCCAAACUGUCCAGAAAUCUCUAAACUCUUCUGACUUGAUGCUGUGUAGUUGAUAUUCAGUUAUAGUUAUUAAAUUGACAUUUAAAAGGUC